AGUGUAAAAUGAAUUUUAAAUUGAAAAAUAGAAAUUUUUAAAUAGAAAAAAAUUAUUUUAAAUUGUAAUAGUAGUUCACAGUAGUAUUGUAUAGUAAAAUCUUACAGACCCUAAACUAUAACAGAAGUCCAUAAUUGUUUUAAUUACUAAUCCUAUAAUAAUACAUCAUUUAUGUAGUUAAUUUAUACUAAGUCAUUCCAAACCUUUAUGAAUUUUUUUUUGUUCUGAAAAACGUUUGUAACCAGGCUAUUUUAGGUCACCAUUGACCGUUGUAGUAUUUUCAACGGUGACCCAUAACAGCCUGGUUAUAAACAUUUUUUCUAAAUAUCAUCCUUUGUGUUCGGCAGAAUCCAAAAAAAAUUCAUACAGGUUUGGAACUGCUUGAGGGUGAGCACGUGAUGACAGAAUUUCCAUUUUUGGGUGAACCGUUCCUUUAGCUCAUCUGUAUAGUUUUUGAUCGCUUCUUAGUGAAAGGUUGAUUUAAGAAAUGGUUUAUGAUGCACUUUCAAACUUCAGGGGCGUAUGUUCCGCUGCAGUGCAGAGUGUUGUGAGAAUCCUGGCCACUCCAUGAACCAGGUGCACCAGUGUAUAGAUCGCUGCCACGCACCGCUGGCUAAAGCUCAAGGACUGGUCACCAGUGAACUCGAGCAGUUUCAGGAUCGUCUCUCGAGGUGUACAAUGCACUGUAAUGACAAAGCCAAAGAUCUGUUUGACUCCGGGGGGAAGGAGGUAGCCGUGCGGGCGCUGAUGGACAGCUGUGUAAGCAGCUGUGUGGAUGAGCACCUGAACCUGCUGCCCAGCAUGACUCGCAGACUGAAGGACAGCCUGAACUCAAUACCUCAGUGAAGCCUGUAGGCUGUAUGAAAUAAUUCUUGUGGACUCAUAAGUUUACUGGAUAGAAGAAUGUGGUCUUUGCUAUCGCCUAACUGUGACUUGGUGAAUGGUUUGUGCUGAUUUCUGUGUCCAUAUUGUUUGUUUUUUGUACAGACAAUAAAUAAUGUGAUCAAACCAGCUUGCUGGCUGUUAAAUGAUAAA